CUUGUUUCCAGAAGAGCGUUUCCAGUGAUUUCAUCUGAGAAUAUCCAGGAAGGACUCUCCCUUGAUGGGUCUCCAAGAGGGAACUUCAGCUGUUUUUAUGCGGACACAUCUUAGUGACAACAGAGUGCAAACUUCCAUUCAAGACUCAAGAUUAACUUGUUUUUCUUAAUACCUGCUAUGCUUUGAAGCACGAAGUUUGCAUAGCUGAAAGCAGCUUUGAAGAAGAUCCUAGGUAACAAAGAAACAUAAUUGAAAUCUCGCGAGACUUUACGGAAGGCGAGAACAUUUUGGACGAGACUAUGCAGGCUUACAUACCUGCUGUGUGUUACGGUAUAUUUGCAUGUCUCUCAGUUACAGGUGUUGAGGCUGCAGACACCUGCUGGAUCUACGACUAUGAACAUUCCUGGUCCAGGACCCCCUACAAGAGGUUGUUCAACUGCCCCUGUGGGUGUUGCGGUGACUCGUGGACACGUUUCUGCUGCCCACGAGAACCUGUGUGCCAACACAACAAGACCUUGGACACUACCCAACCGGAGGAGGACAAUAGCGCAACGAUGCAAGCUCUGAUGUUGGCCGGCAUCGUCGUCGGCACAUUCUGCAUCCUGAUGGUCCUGACUGUCUUUAUGCACAUGUGCGGCAGAAUCUUCUUGAAGAAGAAAAUGGAAGAGAACAAGGCACCACAAGUCAUCAUAUAUAACGUUCACGAGCCAGUGCAAGCGUCUGUGACAGUCGGUCCCUGCAGCUCCGGCAUGGGGAAGUCUGGGAUGGAAGCACCACCUUCGUAUGUCACUGCGACUACUACAGUUUAGCCUGGCCUGGUUCAGUGUAAAGCACCCUGUGAUUUUACUUCAACAAACUCUGCUCCUUUGUAGAAAACGCAUUCAAAGAAGGGUCCAUGCAUCAUAUUUAAACAAGCGAAAGGGACCAGCAUCGGGAUGAAAAACUCUUUGGUGCGAGUUGCCAUGUGAUCUGAGGCUCCUAAAUAUACUGUAUGAAGUGUCUGUUCCUGGGUAGUUUCACGUUUCACUUAUCGUUGGUUUGUAUACCAGAUUCGUCUCGAUUUGUUCCCGUUGUCUGUUAGUAGUCUCAGUCUCAGUUUUCAUCGACACGAACCAUCGUGGUAUUACUUGAAAUGCUUACCUUUGAAUUAUUUAUUCACAACUUAAACAAUAUAUCUAUUAGGUCUUUGAAAGGCAUUUAGAAGUGAUACACAUAGGGAAGAGAAUAUAUGGAUGUCAUCUUCUUUAUUAUGUGGAACACAAUGUUUCGGAGUAUAUGCAUACUCUUUCAUCAGGCGAAUGAUGAAGGAGUAAGCAUAUACGCCGAAACGUUGUGUUCCUCAUAAUAAAGAAGUUGACAUCCAUAUAUUCUCAUCCUUAUCUAUCUAUUGGCAUCCUUCAUAGCUUUCUACCAACGGUCAUCUCCGGCAGAUAGCUAUGUUUUAAAAUUGCUUGAAUUUGUGUGCUAAUUUCAGAAAUCAUUAUUAGUUCAUUCUGUUUAUAUAUAUAUUUCCAAUAUUCACAUGUUCCAAAAAUCCUUUGAGGCGAUCGGGUAGCCUAGUGGUUAGAGCGUUCACUCGUCACGCCAAACACCCGGGUUUGAUUCCCGACAUGGGUACAAUGUGUGAAGCCCAUGUCUGGUGUUCCCCCGCCGUGAAAUUGCUGGAAUAUUGCUAAAAGUGGCGUAAAACCAUGCCCACUCACUCUAACAAUCCUCUAUGUGUUACAAGUAUCAGUUCUUAUUAUCGCAUAUGUUUUCAAUAUGAUUUUUUAUCGAUUUGUCCAUUCUAAAUAUUGUGUUUACAUUGUUGUAUAAUAAAUAAACCCAUUCCU